CUCUCUCUCUCUCUCUCUCUGCGCUCCAAUCAGACUCAAAUUUCAGUGACUUUGAUCUGAAACUCAAACCCGCCGGAGAUGGAGAAGACGACGCCGUUCAAGAAUCUCCUAAGCAGAGAGUACGGUGUCCAUGAGAAGGAGGUGCGAUCGGUGGCUUGGAACUUCACCGGAACCAAGCUCGCCUCGGGUUCUGAGGAUCAGACCGCUAGGGUUUGGCACAUUGAGCCUCAUGGAAAUGGUAACUCUGUUGAAUUGAAGGGGCACAGGGAUAGUGUGGAGCAUCUGUGUUGGGAUCCCAAGCAUGCCGAGUUGGUUGCCACUGCCUCUAUGGACAAAACUGUUCGUCUCUGGGAUGAUCGUACCGGGAAGUGUGUGCAGCUAGCGGAACUUAGUGGCCUGAACAUUAACAUUGCAUAUAAACCUGAUGGCGAGCUCAUAGCAGUUGGUGAUACGGUAUGCUUAGUUGUGUGGAAGCUCUGUUGUAACAACGAAUUGACAAUUUUGGAUGUUCGGACGUUUAAGGCAAUUCACAAGAGGAAGUUCCAUUGCGAGGUAAAUGAAAUUGCUUGGAACACAACAAGUGAUAUUUUGUUCGUGACAACUGGAAAGGAUGAGAAAGGUGUUGUUGAAGUACUAUCAUACCCAUCUCUUCAACCACUUGACAGGCUCAUGGCUCAUACAGCUGGUUGCCACUGCAUUGCAAUUGACCCAUGUGGAAGAUAUUUUGCUGUUGGGAGUGCCGAUGCCUUGGUCAGCCUAUGGGAUAUCUCAGAGUUGCUCUGUGUGCGAACGUUUACAAAAAUUAAAUCGGCUGUGAGGACAAUAAGCUUCAACCACAGUGGAGAGUAUCUUGCUUCUGGCAGUACAGACUGUUUCAUUGACAUAUCAAAUGUUCAAACUGGGCGUACAGUGCAUCAAAUUCCAUGUGGGCCUGCCAUGAACAGUGUUGACUGGAAUCCUAAAAGCAAUCUACUUGCAUAUGCUGGGAAGGACAACAUCAAUGAAGGUAUUGUGAGGAUCUUCGGCUUCACAAGCACGGGCUAAUGCAUUUGCGAUUUGCAUCUCUCUUGCGUCUUUUGGAUUAUAAAAUGCGACCACCAUUUAGUUCUGUUUGCUCCAUGUGCUCAUUCAGCUCUCUAGGUUUUCU